AUGGCAACAUGGCUUCCCGAACCAACACCAAACCAAGAUCCACUUUUCCUCGAGACCUCACCGCGAGCACGCUCCUCUUCCCACUACACCACCACCACCACUUCCUUUGGACCUCAGGCGCGCUCGUAUUCGCACGAAGAGUCGCAACCUCAGUCGCGAGAACAGUUCUAUCGCCUUUCUAACCAGCCGCGCGGUCGGCCGACUUCCCGUCCGCGAUCCCGGUCGCCGUCCAAGUCAGGCCGCAAGGGUGGCAGCUCCAGUGCUAGCGCCGGUCCUAGCGGCAGCGCCGUUUCUUCCGGUCCCGCUGCCGCAUCCGAGUGGCGCGAUCUCGGAAAAGCAGGUGGUGCGAGUGACAGGGAGCGAGACGCGGGCGACGGCGGCUGCGGUGGAGGCGGAGAGUUAGCGAGAGGAAGGCCCGGCGCGAGUGAAGCACUUGCGCGAAGAGGCGGAGGGCUGCUAGGGGGCGAGGGGCGAGAGCGCGCGGCGGGGAGAGAAGCAGGUGGAGGGCAGGGUAGCGGGAGCCGCGGGAGCUACAGGGUCGAGUCGGCGCGCGAUUACGAGGCGGACUGCGAGGUGGUGGUGGAGUGGCGGCGGGGCGAGCGGUGUAGGGAGAGCGUGGCUGUUGGUGUGAGCAGCAUGCGCAAGCAGGCAGGACCGGCGGUUGACGUGGCGCAGCACGGCGCAGGGUCGAUGAGGCGAUCGUCGGAUGGCACCAUGGCGGAUCUUGAAAGCAGAUCGCCCAUUCGGACACCGCGACUCAAGGGGACGAUGAGUGACGCAACGCAUCAAGCCAAGCCUCGCACUGGAUCGGCAUCCGGCCCACUGCCAGCCCACAAGGGAGGGAUUACCAGAGGGCGGUUUCAAGUGAUAGAGGGCGACCAGUCGGACAGUGAGUCGGAUAUGUCGCCGUGGCCGUCCGCCACCACCCCCUCAGGCAAGGCGGAAACUCCUCAGGGCACCCCAACAGCAGUGCCUGCCGGAUCCUCAGGUCCCUUGCUUGGCCCAUCGCCCUUCACUGCUGCUGCAGCAACAGCCGCUUCUGCCGCCGCUCAUGCAGCAGCGGCAGCGGCGGCGGCAGCAGGUGCAAGUGGUUCAGGGGGGGGGGCAGCAGCAGCAGGGAAGGGGGCCACGCCAUCAGCAGUGCGGCGCAUCUCCACAGCAGGCAGCGCGUCUUCCUCCUCUAGCCCCUACUACUCGCCUGCCUCGCGCUCCCCCACCGCCCCUCCCCACACUGCUGCUGACCUGCGCAACGGCCCGCUGCCUGGCUUUGCAGGCCCGUUGCGCUUUGAGGGCGGCAGUGGCGGGGGCAGCUGGCGGGGCACAGGGGGAAGCAGCGGCAGUGCGAGCGGCGUGGAUGCAGGGCAGAGGAGCACUGGCAGCGGUGGCAGUGCGUUUGACGGCGGGCAGCAGCGCACGGGCAGCAGCGAGAGCCUGAGCAAAGAGGUGAUGAAACCAGGGAGCAGCGGCGGUGCGGCGGGGAGAGGGGUGGGAGGGGCGUGGGAGAGGGGUUCAGGUGCAGAGGCGGGUGACGGAGGUUAUUUGGGUGAGGGGUAUGCGAGGGGAGAGCAGGAGCGGGUGGUGGAAGAGUGGGCAGGCAAGGAGGGCGCGAGGCAGGACGGGUGGGCCGGUGCACGGGAUGUGAGGGAUGGCGGCGGGAGUGGCAGGGAUGGGGCAGCAGGCAGGGAGGGAGCGGGGCGGGCCAAGGCACGCAGUGAGCCGCUGGUUGGGGAGAAGGCUGCUGCUGCUGCUGGCGUGGGAGGGGCCAGGAGGAGUGCACAUGUGGACAUGAUCGACAGGAGCCAGCGAGAGGAAGGGUCAGCAGCAGCAGCAGGCAGUGGUGGUGUGCGCGGCAAGGCACCAGGGUCCAUGGUCUCUCGCUCCGCUCCCCUCCCCCACCCGCAAGAACCCGCUGCUGGUGCUGCUGCUGCUGCCUCCAGUGGUACUCCAAAGCGAGGGGCUGUUCCCACAGGCGACGGACAGGACAGGUGGAAGGAGAGGCCCCUGCGUGAGGAAAGAGGGCGGGAGGAAAGAGGGCGGGAGGAAAGAGGGCGGGAGGAGAGGGGCCGGGAGGAGAGGAACUUGUUGGAUAGAGAGGCGGACGGCAGGAGGGCUGGUGGCGUGGAGAAGGAUAGGAAGAGUGGGGGCAGGGAUUGGGAGGCGAGGAAGAGUGUUGAGAAGACAAAGGAGAGGAUGGGCGAGGAGCGAAGCGAGCAGGGGCGAGGGGGACAAGAGGGCAGGCGGAAGGAGGACAGCGUUGGGAAGGAGAGUGCACGGGCGGGGAAGAGCCGGGAGGAGAGGGGGCGGGAGGGGGAGAAGGGAAUGGAGAAGGGAAGAGAGGAGGAGAAGGGCAGGCAGGAGAGGGAGCGUGGGCAGGCGGCGUAUGGGCGGGGCGUGGGGCGAGUGGGCGUGCAGCGCAGGGGGCGAUUCUCCGUCACCACCGAUGAUGUGGACGCUCAGGUGCACCCGCAUGGGCUGGACCCACGUGUGCUGCCCUGCAGUUCCUUGUCCAUCCGUGUCCCUGCUGCCGCGCUCACCUGCCCGUGCCACCGUACACCUUCUCUACUCCUCACGUCUGCUGGCAUCUCGGCCUCCUCACGCCCAUCCUUCCCUGCCUCGUCCGGUGCCGUGUCUCCCCCAGGCGACACGCCUGCUUCCCCCAGGCAUGCUCUUUCCGCGUGCGCCUCUCGCCAUACAUCCGCCUGCUGUCUGCACGCCGCCGCCUCUCCUCCCUGCGCGGCGCAUCUCCACCCAUCAGGCCACCUCCCGUCCGCCCCUACCAGCACCGGCACCACUGCUGCCAUCGCCCGUUGCAGUGCCGCCAACAUCGCUGCCGGUCCUGCCCGCUGCCCGUGUGGCCGAUGCACUGCUAGUCGUGCCGCACCUGCGCACCCUGCUGCAGCACUCCUGCGAACAGCAGGUGGGGGGAGCAGGGAGGUGCUGUUCAACCUCAUCAAGGAGCUCGCUGCUGCUCACCCAGUGGUGAGCGCAGCACAGCAGCGACCUGUGCUGCUGGCAGGCAUGCAGGUGAAGCUGCCAACGGACAAGGAGCAGGUGCUCAUGCUCAAGAUCGCCGAGAUGCAGUGCAAGGUGGCGAAGCUGAUAGACAAUGUGCUCACAUACCGCAAUCGCAACGCUAAGCUGUUGCAGCAAGUGGAGGUGUUCAAGCAGAGGCAGAAGGAGCGCAGGCAGCACCACAGCGGCACGCAUGACCUGCAGGGAGCAUCGCAUCGCCUCGCACUUGGUGGAGCUCACUUUGACCGUUCGUCGCAGCUCUCACGAGUAUACCGUCGGUACGCGCAGCAGCAGGCGGCGGCGAGAAUGGGGAAGAUGGGACCGCCGCCGGCCGGCCGCGAGAACAGCGCGGAGCUCGCGCACGCCGCGGACCACGCGGGGGAGGAUGGAAGCGCGGGCGCCGGCAGGGGCAGCGGUAGGGACGCGGAAAUGGCGACGGGGGGAACUUCAGAGGAUUCUCUUACCAGGGGUGCGGAGCUGCGCGUGUUGGAGUUCUACAGCGGUAUCGGCGGUCUGCAUUACGGGCUGCAGUGUCCCGGCGUGGUGCCGGCGCACGUGACGGCGCGCGUGGUGGCGGCGUUCGAUAUCAACGAGGUGGCCAACGACGUGUACGAGCGCAACUUCCGCCACCGCCCCAAGCAGGGCAACGUGCAGACCAUGUCAGCAGCAGCACUGGACGCGUGGCGAGCACACGCGUGGCUCAUGUCUCCGCCCUGCCAGCCGUACACGCGGCAAGGGCUGAAGCGAGACUGUGAGGACGGGAGGGCGACGUCGUUCCUGGCCAUGCUGCAGCGCCUGCCUGCCAUGCACCACCCGCCGCUCUUCAUCCUCGUUGAAAACGUCGUCGGCUUCGAGUCAUCGCGCACGCGGCAUGAGCUGGUGCGCGUGCUAGCGGGCACAGGCUUCACGUCGCUGCACGAGUUCCUUCUCUCGCCCACCGACCUCGCUCUGCCCUAUUCGCGACCACGAUACUUCUGCCUUGCCAAGCGCACCACACCUUUGGCGGCCGCCCUCUCCCACUCGCUGCCCGGCCGCCCCUCCUCCCCACGCACUGCUGCACCCGAGCCUGAUGCAAGCACAAGUCGGUCCGAGGAGAUCCCAGGGGGGGAUGCGAGUGGGGCAGCGGGGCAGGCAGAGGGGGAGGGGGGGGGAGUGGGGGAAGAGGGGAAGGCAGGGGGAGAGGAGGCGAGGGGCGAUGGUGUGGGAGCAGCGAGAGUGCUGGGAUGGCGCGACCUGCUGUGGCUGUGCCAGGACGUUGCACGAGGGGAGUGGAGAGAGCAGCGGGCAGCAGUGCAGGCUGGAUGCAGUGACGACAGUGGCGGCAGCAGUGGGGAUGGUGCAGGGCACGCCUCUGAGAGUGGCUUGAAGCCGCGGUGCAUUGGUGAUUUUCUUGACGCGCACCCUGAUGCUGCUGCUGGCAGUGAUGCUGACGCCACUGCUGCUGAUGACAGUAGUGCUGCUGAUGGCGAUGGCGCGAGCAUGGCGAGUGCGUCCGAGGCAGAGGCGGCAUCAGCGCAGUCCAGUGCAUCUCCAUGGGUGCCUUACUGCGUGCCGCAUGACGUGCGCCAGCGAUGGGGCGAGUGCUUUGACAUAGUGACAGCAGCAUCAGUGCGGUGCAACUGUUUCACCAAGAGCUACACCAAGUACGCCAAGGGGACCGGCUCCGUGCUGCUCACUCAGGGAGCAGAGCUGGCAACGCGGGUGCCAGCAGCAGCAGCAGCGGCAUCAGAGGGCGCAUGUGAGGGUGACAGUGAUCCCGGCUGUCAGGCCCUGAGGGAACAGCCGUGCACGGCAGAGGAGCAGCCGUGUGUGCGCUUCAAUGGCAUCCCCCUCACUCACCUGCCACUGCGCUACUUCACACCAAGAGAGCACGUGCACGUGCACGUGCUGCUCAAGUUCUGCCACCAGGUUUUGUCUCAUGAGCACGUUCCUUAG